CUGUUGCCCCGCCAGUGAGUGAUCAACCAGAGAGUAGACAUGCUGAACCACUAGUUCACGUAGGAUCCUGCCUGUGGUUCUCCUUACUUUAUUGAAGAGUUAUGACGGGGAGCAUGUUUAAAACCGAACCUGUAACGUUAUUUGGUAACUGAUUAGCAGAAAUCACAGAAUCAUAAAAAAACAAUUGGAGAGAACUACUUGAGCCAGCCGGGUCUGACAGGGUGUAGGAAUGGCAGCUCCCCGGCCGAUAAAAGGCAUCCUGAAAAACAAGAACAGCGGGGCAAACGUUAAAUCGCUACCCGAAGACGUCCGGUCAGAGAGUCCUGAACAAGCCCCUGCACUCUCGGAGGAUGACCAACAGAAGAAAUCCCAGAAAUGGGAUGAGAUGAACAUCCUGGCCACGUACCAUCCAGCCGACAAAGACUAUGGUCUGAUGAAGAUUGAUGAACCAAGCACACCUUACAACAGGAUGGUGGGGGACGAAGAUGAUGAGGGCGCGCUGAGUGACUCUGAUGGCCACAGCGGACUCGCAGCUGAUGACCUGGCAUCAAAGUAAGAAUUACAUGUGGAACGGAGGGAGACGAGUACAAACCAAGUACAGAGAUAAUUAGGUUAUCACUGUAACUGCUAAGCGCUGUAGCCUUUUGAUUUUAAAUGUUUCUGUAGCUGCUGGAGCAGUGUGUAGCAUUUUAGAUUUCUUGUGAAGUAGAACUAUAACCUGGAAAAGGGAGAACAGUGUUUGGCCCAGAUAAGCCACACCUGAACACACUCACCGAUGUCCUUGUCCUCCCAACAAGAAUGUGUCGUAACUGAUAAGGGCUUAUUUACUGUACAGUCUCUGAAGUCCUUAAGAGCACUUUACUGCAGCUUCAGACUGAGAAGACACAUUUUGGACAAGACAUUACGAGAAAAAAUUUGCAGUACUAUUGUUUUAUAAACACUGUCUUUCUCUGGAAACAUAUUAAUCAAUUUUUAUCCCUAUAACUGAUUUGCCAGCUGGUGUCACGACCUUUUAUAUAGCAUACCCCAAUGGCAUCCAGAUGUAACCUCCUAGUUAGUGGUGGUGUAAUUGAGCAGCUGCUCAGCUGCAGCCUCCAGGUCAGAGUUGUCCUGCCAGAAAGUUGUGGCUCCAGAUUGGGUUUACUAAAUGCGUCUUGACAAACUUCCAUCUUGACCUCCUUUUUCCACUGAAAGACAAUAGAGCUGGGAGAACCACGGUAAAGGUCAGCAGUAACCCAAACUAAUGUAAAAUUGGCGUGUCCUGUUCACUGAGCAGACAGCAGUAUGGUUCACUGCAGGUCUGUUCAAUUUGUGGCUCUGAAAGGUACUCAGUGUACUCACUGUGUGUGUGUGUGUGUGUGUGUGUGUGUGUGUGUGUUUUUAAGAUGUUUUAAUACAGCAAUAAAACGCACCAGUGAGGGAAAAAAAAAAGCAUAUCUCUAUUAUAGGUUCUGCAUAGCGUACACACAAACAAUAUAACAUUUGAUAAAACCAAUUAUAAACCAAACGGACACACUCACACCCCAUGGUACUGUGUGGAGGUAAGUGUUACUCUGUUUAUUCAUUAUCUGACAGCAUUUCUUUGUUUUCAUGGAAAUGCUUUGUGCAUUUCUCGGCCACAAUCGCUGCUGGUCAGUAAACAAUGGCUUUAUGGGUGUUUCCCCAGCCUUGAAUUCCAGGAGGAAAAAACUGUUAUGCGAUGUAAGGAAAAAAGCUCUAAAUUAUACUGGCUACUGUUAGUACUACAGAUAUGUUUUAAGUUGUUUUAAAGCAAAUGCCACUGUGAAUAUACUUUUACACUGUGCAAACUGUUUUGAAUAUAUUUAUUUUUCUGUGACCAGAUAAUUUUUAAAAGAAGAAAUCCGCAUGAAGUUAAAAUGUUAGGUUCAUCAGUUUAACAACCACCUGUGGAGAGUGCCAAGGGUCAGAGCCACAAUGCAGUAAAAAUUGAAGUAACAAAUACUUCUGUGACUCUAGACUAAUCCUAAAAUAAAUGUGCAUUGCCAAGAUUUCAUUUUAGUUUUGCGUGAAGCAGCAGUGUUGUUUAGCUUACAAAGAAAUCUUUGUGUUGCAUGUUCGUCUAUCCUGUGAGAGGGAUCUCUUUUUUUUUUUUAUAGGGAAUGAUUUUCCUUAUCCGAAUUUGGGAUAGAGGGUGUGGUGUACAGAUUACAAAUCCCCUGAGGCAAUCUUGUGAUUUGUGAUAUUGGGCUGUAUAAAUAACAUCAACUUUACUAGACUGAUAAUCAGUAACCGAAAGGUUCCGGUGUUUGUUCCUCAGACUCAAAGAACUAAAGCCUCUUUCCGUGCACCCGCAAAGUCUUUUUUGAAUGAGAGUGCGAUUGUGAUCUCUUUUUUUUUAACCUGAAAAUCUUGAAGAACAGCAGUUUUAUCAAAACAGCCGAUCACAUUGUAACUCCUGGAUAAGCAGAAGCAACUUCACCCUGACAAGUUUUUCUGUGGAAAGAAAUAUAUCACUCAGAGCUCUGGAUGGUAAUGGGAGCUUGAGAUGUGUAUUUGCUGUGGGCCAACGUGCUUACAUAAGUGCACUGAUGCAGGGAUGGGGGUGUGUGCACCACAGAGAGGAUAGUGAUCAGCUCCAGGCUUGCAAGUCAAUUAGGGGCCUUUGUUUACUUCCACACAGAGUGCCUUCCAUUGUUUUACACUAAACCCUCCAGAUAGAACAACAGCUGCUCUUUUCCUCUGUCCUCUUGUUGUUUAAUCUCUCUCUCGUCCAUCAAUUAUCCAACUAUGCUUUCCUUAAAUUUACCUCCCUCGUCUCUAAUUCGCUGCAUCACUUACACCUUCUCUCUUCCUUCCCAUCUCAGUUUUGAUCCCCCAUCCGCCUUGGAUAUCUGAUACCAUUACUGGGUGCAUUUUGAAACUGUA